AAUAUUACCCGCUCUUAUCCCCUCCAAGAAUAUUAUUUGUAUUUUAUUUAUGUACAUUAAUCGCGGUGGUAGGACGUUGUAAUAUUGCCUUUUUAUUUUUAAACGUUUUUUCAUUGUUUCGCUCACUUUUCGCUUUGCUCUUUUCUAUGAUCAGUAUAUCACGUUAUCGAUUUCUAUUAUAUGUAUGAUUUUUUUUUUUUCAAAAUCAUUUACUCAUUUUUACGAAUAUAAUUUUGAACAUCGUCAUGAAUAAAAGAAAGUAUCCUUAUGGCAUCGAUAUGUGUCCACAGUUGAAAAUGCAUAUAGGUGAUAAACAAGUUGCUAAUGGAGUCUUAGGGCCAUUAAAAAUGAACGAAGUUUAUGAAAAGACAAAACAGUUGUUGUUUCAAAACUCUGGAGCAUCUUUUGAUGCAAUAUUUCAGGCUGUGGUAGUGGACCAAACGCCAUGUGAUAGUAAACCAUCCAAACAAUUACAAUUGACAUUUGAUGGAAAACUUCUCAAACCAUGUGUUUCAAUCAAAGUAGAUAAUUCAAAAGUGUAUAAAGAUAAUCAGAAAAUAUGUAAUUUUUGUUCACAAACAGAAAAAUUGGAUUUUUGUGGGAAAUGUGGAGAUAUAUUUUGCAAUAUGUGUUCAUUAUCUUUAUGCAACGAUGAAAUUAAUAAAAUUUGUUUAAUUGUAUAUUUCUACCUGUAUUUAUCUGACUAA